GCAGCAAGAAGGGACCCCAGAAGCAAGCGCAGAGAAAGGCGACGAGCUAGAUAGCCAACAGCCAACCUCUCGUGGUGUUUCGGCCGUGUGCGGCCCACGAACGGUAUCGGCACUGACCGACCGACCGACCGACCAACGACAUACGAAGCCGGCAGCGUUUUAGUGUACCACUACAACGGGUUUGUUUCUAGUGCCCCUGCUGAAAACCAGCAGCCAACAGCCGUGUCUCUAUCAAAUAUCAGUGUAUCCCUGUGUCCGCGCGUCCUAUAACAUACAAUUACCAUUUACCUCAUCAGCCAGCUGAGCCAGCAGCAAGACAGUGCAUAAAGCAACGCCUUAAAGUUAACGACGAAUACAUCCGAUGAGGCCGAGGUAGUCGCGUAGCGAAAACACCAGCAGAAGGUAAGUUGAAGUAUUAAGCGGUAACGAAAAUCGAAGCGCCGAAGUUAAAUCAUUGGUUCAAAUUACGCACCGAACCAAGCCAGAAAACCAUAAUGGAUGGACAAGCCUGCGUCGCCAGCAUCAUGUGUGGUGGUGCUAUUGAUGUUUAACAAACACCAAGGAACGUCGCAUCAUUACUCUAUAUUAAUCAAACAAGGAAGCGAGACGUCCGGGCGAAUCGAGUUGAUCGCCAUCGUACGGCGGCAAACAACCAAGAACGAGCCGAUUUCGAUUUUUGUCUUGCACGCACGUUCACUUUGUGCAUAGUAACACUGGCACUGACACCUCUAUUGGAUGCCAUAUUGGCAUCAUUCAGACAUCAAGUACCUUCCCGUUUACACAGGAAACUAACGGCAUUGCGGAUGCCACGUUCCACCUAACGUUUAUCAAUGAUUGCCGAAAGAGGAUAAUUUUGUAGAACGAGCUAGUGAUUCGAUUCUACGGUUGGCUUGCUCGGUUUGGAUACUUCAGGCCGAGGCGAGCCUGAAGGCGGCCGACCGAAUUAGGAUCGAGCUGCCUCCUUUCUCUCCCGAAUCUAGCCAGAAAAACACUAUCCCGAAGCUGGCUGCCUUCAGUUAUGGUGCAAAGAAAACGCAGCCAAGGCUUGCAAGUCAAAUCGUCUGGGCUUCAGGCGUCUGCGUGUAUGAAAAGGGUAUCUUCAUACUGUAUGUGAAUAUCAAAGAAGUUGUUCUAAGCUAUCUUUCUUCUAGCUGCGAUUGUUGAAAUACGUAAGGAAAAAGACGUUCGGACAAAGGAACAUCUCAAGUGCUUUGUCUGUAGUGUUCGUCCACGUCAAAGACCUUAAGAGGAUACGCAGCUAGGCCAACUGUGAAGCUCAAAUGCAUGUCUACUAAGAUAGAGACGUAAUGUUUUGCUGCCUCUUAACACAGUCGACAAUCGGUGUUGGCGCUUAUUGGCGUACGUACGACGGUGAGAUAAGAAGCAGCGUCGGUAUAAUAACGCAACAAUACACCAUCUCGCGUUGAAAGUGAGCUGGAUCCAAAGUGACACACCGGCCAUCACCCUAUCGACUACGACUGUCAUAUUGCUAGCAAUGUUAAAACAAUGACUAAUAAUGCCUUUGCAUAUUGGUCUAUUUACCUAAAUUCGACAUAACAAGAUUCUGUUGCAGCAUACUAUAUUUAUUUACGGCGCGCGUCAGUUUCUUGUGAAGUGGCGGUGCAUCGUCGCCGAGAGAAUCAGUAGACCUUGAUGACGACUACCACGGAUGCGUUUGUUGUCUGACAACUAACAAGUAGUGAUGACCACGUUUUUGCGCAGUGCCUCUUUGCGCAGGAGGAAGACGUCGGUAAGGCAAGGGUGAUCACCUAUUUUUUUUUUACCACCCGCCAGCAGUCAAGCAAUCUCUGCGAUCUCGGUAGUGGGUUCCAUUCAUUCAAUAUCGUGUGUUUUGUGUGACGACAUGUGUCGCGACGUGCUCGUCCGAAGUGUAAAGUGACGAGCUCGACAUCUUGAAUCUUUUGCCAAAGCGAGAGUUCUUCAGAGUUGCCUAGUUCUUUGUUGGCCUUAUUUUUUCACCAAUUAUUUACGCGCGAAAAAUUUGAAAAACACAUAACACUACAAAAUUUUCUCGUUUCAACUUGUGUUCGCAUUGUGUGAUUGUGGACUGUUAUAUUACACUACGAACGUCAAAGGAAGUGUGCCCGUGUGUGCUAGUCGCGCCGAUUCCUAGCGUCAAAACGAGGCCUUCGCGGAGUACUCUCUUCUCACCGAGCGUUCAUAACGGGUGCUCGCCGCAUCCGUGAAGGCUCGGAACCUUCUCGGCGCCGGAUACCAACAUCUUGAACGCGCCAAGAUGAUGAUGGAUUCGUUGUCGGGGGGACCGGACUCGCUGUGCCUCCAGGAUCUUGUCUCGGUUCCCCCUCCGCCCGAUUCGUCGGGCCUAACGUUGGCCACGCUCGGGCCACCGAUGCACCACAUGGGGGCACACCAUCUUGCCCCCAUAAAUCCAUCGUGUGCUCCAUUUCCAAUGGAACACUCUCACCCGCAUAUGGGUCAUCAUAUGGAUCAGAAAAAGCGAGUUGUUCCACCCAUCAAUCGAGGACUAAACUAUCCGUCAUAUAGCGCCUUGUACAACCAAGACCGCGACUCCUUCUGCCUCUACCCAUCGAAAUUGGCAAGUCCGACGUCGACUUCGAUGGAAAGUCUGGGGAAGGGAAGUUUGAUUGGUGGUUGUAGUGGAGGUGGAGAUGGGGGGUCAUCAUCUAUCAGUAAUGGCCCAGUUGGUCUGGCUCCCGCCGAUCCGGUGUCGGUUUCGCUGGCCGCGGGCAGGCUACUCGACUCUUCGCACAUAUCCCUUGCCCCUGCAGGCCCCGACUCGACUAAUACCGGACCUCCAGGUCACGCCGCCAACUCACCGCUGUCAGCUGUGUCCGAUUCAUUGGCAGCACUCAAACCGCCAACGAGUGCAAAAGGAGGAAGCGUCUUGACGUCGCCGUCGUCCGGACACCUCACACACCCUCACUCACCCACGCCGAAAUACUGCGUCUCCGCGACGGGCGUGGGCAGUGGAGGCGGCGUCGUGGGAGCCGGGGCCGGCAGUGGAGGCGUCACAAACAAAAAGCGACAACGUCGACAGCGAACCCACUUUACGUCGCAACAGUUGCAGGAGUUGGAGGCAACCUUCUCGCGGAACCGCUACCCGGACAUGUCGACCCGAGAGGAGAUAGCCAUGUGGACCAGCCUUACCGAGGCGCGCGUCAGAGUAUGGUUCAAGAAUCGCCGAGCGAAAUGGCGCAAGAGGGAACGCAAUGUGUCUGCUGAACUGAAAGGCGGUUUUGGAACUUCACAGUACAAUGGGCUAAUGCAGCCCUUCUCAGACCCCCACGAUCCGGCUGCCCUUUAUCCGUCCUACCCCUCACAUAACAACUACUGGGGAAAGGUGUCAAGCCCGCUGGCUCCGAAGUCGUUCCCGUGGGCGUUGGGCCCGGCACCCGGUGGAAGUCCCCUACCGCAGGGCAUGUCCAUGGGCUCGAUGGGCUCUUUGGGCGGAAUGGGUGGUUUCAACAGUUCGGCGGUCACCUCCGUCCCUCCUUCGCCACAGAGUGCGGCGUCUUCACUGAGCACUGCCACCUCGCCGCCAAACGCCAUCACCUCAACCACACCCACCGCUUCCGGCUACUCGACGCCAACGUUACCCUACGCGUAUAGCGCGCACCCGACGGGCGGAGGACGACUCGGCUGUGCUGUCCAAGAUGGCCAAGGACUUUCUGCGUCGUCGGCAUUAGGCCCAGCAAGUGCCUCGCCUAACGGCAACCACAGCAUCUCGUCACUUCGUCUUAAGUCAUCCCCGAAUUCGUUCCAGGACGGGAAGCCGCUGGGUAGCGGGGGCGGAGGCUAUCCUUCGGUUGCCUCUCCGUAUUCACCUUCGUGUAGCACGUCCACCUCCUCGCCAAACACGACGCCCACCCCGAGGGUGACGCCGCUAUCGCCUCCACAUCUUGCGCCGCCAAGUCAGCAGACAGCCUAUACUACCCCGUCAAACAAUUCCAGCAGUCAAGCCACUACUCUCGCAGAUCCCAGCACUGUAUAAUGAACGGCGAUAAUUUAUUACAAUACGAUUGCACAGCACACUCAACAACAACAGUGACAGCAACCGCUAAUACAACAGAACACUAAAAAUUGCAUAUAUAUAUAUAUAUAUAUAUAUAGAAGUAUACAUACACAUGUACUUAGAAUGGGCCCACUAUAGACAAAAAGCAGAAUGUACGAGGACAGUCAAACACAAACGCAGACCAGUUCUGUUAUAAUAUAGAUAAUAGUAGAUAAACUGCAAAUGUCGUAACGGGUUAACUUCGGCAAACGUGCCACGCCCAGUGAUAUGAUCGCAAGCAAAAACCUGCUUUCGUAUUGGCAGCAUUUCAAAAUGCAUGGCGCCGCGAACUAUAGGAGCGAAACGCGUGAGGCCUGUUCAGACGCUCUCAGUUCGCCGACAAACCCAAUCAAAUAAGAAAUGGCUGCACGCGGCGUCGCCGUUCAAUCUCAAUGAACCAUGUAAAUGAGAUUCCAAUCAUUCGCCUUGUGUAUCCGGCGCUGCUUGCGACUAGCUACGGACCCUUGCAACCUUGUAAAAGCCAUUUCAUAGCUCAGUGGCGAGUAUUGCGUAAUAAUUGCAUCCACUCGUGUCAAUAUGUUUAUAAAUAAAUAGCCGUCUGCAACUGUGACGGCGUCUGCAAUUCACUCCCCCCAACCCCAUUGUUACAGUGGGAACAUAAAUAUUUGCAGGAUCUGUAAUGCGAUAACUCGUUCUGAUGGCCGCUGCUGGACAAUGCAUAUCACAACAAACAAACGUAGAAAAGAGAGAGCCAAAGCGACAGAUGGCAGACCAAUAGCAAAACCUUUUUCUAGUCUAACCAGCGGCGGUCCCUCUUCGAAUCACAAUACGAAGAAGAGAAGCCAUCUUGCUGAUGAAUUUAAUUGUUUGUUUUUUCUUAGAUUUCCUAAUGCAGACGAACGACAAAGAAUCAUAACAUAGCAGACAACACCAGAUAAAGAGCGAGAAAUGAGCAAAAUACAAGGAAUAACAAUAUUAUUAUUAUUAUUCCUAUUACCACAACAACAAUUAAAACAAAUCGUAAUAAUCGUGACAACUCGAUAUUAAGAUGAUUGCCACAGCCCGAUGCCAAAGAAAUCAGAUGCGUAUAGAACCGAAUGGCAAGGAAAGGGCAUUGUAGAGAUUAUUGUAGAAAGCGUAUCAGAGGUAUAUCUUCCUUGGGAUAGUCAAAAGCGUUUGUAAGGUCUAUGGAAGAAAAAAGCAAGACAUGACAUGCCGCUACCCGAAAAUAAUCCCGCCAUUUCUUUCGAUCCAUGACCAAAUAAUGAUUUCCAGCAAGCAGAGCGCAAGCAAAAAAGACGAAAUAACAGCGACAAAGUAUAUAAGCAUGAAUGAAAGCCAACAAAAGGUCCGGAGCCGACGAAGAUUGAACGCUCAUAUCUAAACCAUACAUUAAUCUAAUCAUUAUAGAAAGGGUCCAGUAUACACGCGGAACAGACAGGGAGAUUUGUAAAGGCCUGCGUCACGGUCGAAAAUAGACCUGUUCGUAGUCAAUUGCUAGUCAUGCUCCUUAUUCAAACGUGGGCCCUGUUUAUUUUAUAUGCUACGGAAAAAUUGUAGGGCGAAACUGAAGAAAAGAACUUGCUGCUUUGCUACUGAAUACAACUUACGUGCGGGUACUCUUUCUUAAUUCGGAGGAAAGAAUUACGGCAUCGACAAAACAGCGUUCUGGCGCAUUCAUUACGACGUAUCGACAUGUUAAACCUAAUAACAAGUUCGCGGCGAAAUCAGCCAUCCAGAAAUGAAGGCACCACUGAACUAUCGAUUAGCAAUUCAAAGAGAAAACAGGCCAGUGGUCUCCGUGACUGCACACUGAGCCGGCAGAAGCAGACAGAUUCGUUAUAUGGCAAGUUUGGCCUGCUGUAAAAGUGACUACCACACUUACGGCUGACCACACAACCAACAUUGAUGAUGUAUGAAUUCACACGUAGAAAACGCAUUACAGUCGGGGUACGCAAGGUAGACUAUAGAAAGGAAAAAGGGACAAGAAAAGGCAUUGAAAUGAAGUUUGUAGCGACGCAAGCUUGUCCUGGAUUCAGUGCUGUAUCUUCUUGAAAGUAUAAUAGAUUUAAUGUGGCGAUGCUAAGUUACCAGGACCCUAAAAUUAGUCAGUAGCAGACUGACUGAUGACGUAGAGUAACGGUGAUGAGCUUAAAUGAUAAUGCAGUAAGAAAGACCACCAGCCCCAUUCUUGACCGACCCAACUUCUUUGACUUUGGACAGCCCUUAUACAACAUAUUUCAAAAUGCAGACAGAACAGUAACUCCCAUCAACUUAGUGAUAACCAACUUUCUAUUCGAUUUACUGAUGAUAUUAACUGAGAGAUCGACAAUUUUUAUCAAUAACAUGAAUAUUGCUAUGAAAAUGAUACCCUAACUCUCAUUAGCCCGUAAUAUAUGGGCACACUGCGGGCAAAGUAAUGAAGUGGUACCGCCCCGCCACGGCGCCUUGUGUCGUCUGCCGAAACGGUACAUAAGAAUAAUACUUAAGGUACAUUUAUAGAUGUUUGUGGAUUAGCGGGAACAGGGAUGUUGAAGAAAAAAAUAAUUAGACACGUAGGACAUAUGGCGGCAGCUCGUUUGUAGAUAGUUGUUUAAGUCAGCAACAAACACCAAAGCGAGCUAUAUAUAUAUGACAACUAUGGAGCGUUUGAGGAAAGGCAACUUUCUAACAUCAUUUAAAGUAACAUAGAAUAAAAAUAAAAAAAAUUAUGAAAAUAUCUGAAUUACGCAGCGAAUUGAGAAGCAGGGUCACUAAGAUCAUUGUUUUAUUAGAACCAAGGUUCAUAGGAAAUGGUUCGCAAAGUCGAAGAACUCACAGAUCAUCUGCGAAAUAGCGCACGCCUCGAAGAAACAACAUAAAUUAUAUCACAUUGUCAUUAUUACAGGGCUGCUUGCUUGCGCUAUGCAGACGACGUGCCAAAGCAAGAUAACAACAAAAACAAGAUAUAAAGACGACAACAGCGCCGACGACGACAAAAGCAUAACGCAAUAACAAUCAUAGAUCAGCACCGGUGAUCACCGCCACCACUCAUUACACCAACACUCCCGCCACAAAUCAUGCUAAGAAUUUAACAUAAACGACGAUAAGAAAUUUCAUUAUUCAAUUAUCGUCUGCGAAUUCUAGAAACGUAAAACAAUGUCGUCUGCGAUUGCGGAUGAACAAAAGGCAGACGAAAUAUAUGGCAUAGGGCAGUUGUAGACAACGCUAGCACAUUACAACAGCACAAUAGCAUCACUAAUUCCCUCAACCUAAUUAGGUGAAACAGAACUUUGUGAGUCAGACGCGCACACACACAGACACACGCACACAACACAACCAUACAGCCGGUUGGGCAAACACCGGGGUACAUGUCUAUCAAUGUGAAAUGUCCACGAACUUUUCCAUCCGACCACAGCGCCGUCCUUCAUUCUCGACCAUUGGCAUCGUUGACAUAUGAUAUUCCAUACAGCCGCACUUUCUUCAGUCAUCGUCCAGGCCACCGGCCCAGACCGUUAGGACACAACUGUCAAAUCGCGGCCACAGGAGGACAUAUCAUUAUCGCUAGAAACUAGCCAUAUGUAUCUGUUUUCCAAUGACCGAGAACUCUGUAUAGUUACGAUCUUCUGUCGCCAGCUGUUGGUUUGGCAGACCGGUUGUCUGGGCACCCUUCUGUCUUCUUUCAAUUGCAAAUAACCAUUUCUCUAGCAUACGCAUGUGUCGACGGGUCGACGAAUCAUACAAAGUAACAUGGGUGUAGAGGUCGUGUUUUUUCAGCUACGGCAGGCAUUAUGACUAAUGAUGAGAUUUGACUAGCUUGCUGUAACUAACCGAGCAGUGCAGAAGAUCAAGAAAGGCGAAACAUAUUCUACUACUACUAUAUGCGUCCGUCUGAAGCAGCCCAUUUAAACACAGCGAACCGCCAUAACCGGCGGAUCCUAGUAUCUCGCCAUGGGAAUCAUGCUACAAUCGAACACACAUGGUAUAAGACAUACGAAUACAUAGAUUCAGGCAAACCACACCGGAGAGGCAAUUGCAUAUUAUUGUUGCCGCAAGAAUCGGACAUCCAUGCAGAGCGGUUCGACGGUAGGAAGUUCGAUAUUUAGAGUCUUGAAGGAGUGACACUGCUGUUUGACUGAGCCCUCGCCCCGGGGGGUGUGUUUCAUUCCCUGACACCCCGCUUACUUCCCUUCCCGAAAUUCCCCAACCUGACGGUGUCCUGCGAUGAUGUUGUAUAUAAGCUUGUACUGUGCAGUUAGAGACAUUUAACGAUUGGGGCAGCGUAACUGAGGUACAUAUCACAGAUCGUCAAAUCCGAUGCUGGAGAGUACACAGAGUAAUUAAUAACAAUUAUACUACUAAUAAUAAUAAUAAUGAUAAUAAUAAUAAUAAUAAUAAUAAGGAUAAUAAUUUAUGACGCGAAUGAUAAUAAUGGUAACGAAAGAGAGGCGAAUGUCGAAAACGAGCGGGAUAGCAGAAGGUAACAGCAAAUGCUCCAAAGAUAAGACAAUACUUGAAAGACA